AUGAAUCUCUAUGUCAAUAUUUUGCGAGUUUUACACAGAGAGUUUGAGAUGUCACUUAUGGAAGAGCUAACAUACUUCUUAGGAUUGCAAAUCAAGCAAGUCGAGGAAGGCACUUUCAUAAGUCAAACUAAAUAUUGUUUAGAGCUUCUUAAGAAGUUCGAUAUGAAAGAUUCUAAGAUUAUCUCAACACCUACGACUUUAAAUGUGCUUAUUGACAAAGAUGAAAGAGGAGUGGAUUUCGACGUAACCAGAUAUCAAGCAUCACCUAAGGAUCCCCACUUUAAGAUCGUAAAACGUAUUUUGAGGUAUCUUAACAGAACCUUCCAUCACAGUUUUUGGUAUCAUAAAGGUAGUGCUUGUAGCUUAGUAGGCUAUUCUGAUUCCGAUUUUGCGGGAUGGAAGUCGGAUAGGAGAAGUACUAGUGGUACAUGUCACUUAUUUAGAAGUUGUUUAGUUUUUUGGCAUAGUAAGAAGCAUCAUAGUGUUUUGCUUUCUACCGUCGAUGAUGAAUAUGUAGUCGCUGGUAGUUGUUAUGCAUAA